AUGUCGAAGCCGCUUAUAGUAGUCGUCGGCGCAACAGGAGCCCAAGGUGGAAGUGUAGUUUCUGCCUUCCUUUCAGAUGGCACCUACCAAAUCCGAGCUAUAACACGCCGCCCGCAUAGCCCCAAAGCCAAAGUCCUCCAAGACAGAGGUGUUGAAGUCGUCUCCGCAGAUCUCAAUAACGAAGCAUCUCUCGUUGAAGCUUUCAAGGGAGCAACCGCCAUCUUCGCCGUAACCGAUUUCUUUGAGCCCUUCAUCUCCAGCGGGCCCGAAGUAGCAGUACAAGUAGAAACGGCACAGGGCAUCAACCUCGCCCGUGCCGCGGCCCAAACUUCGACGUUGAAGCACUACAUCUGGAGCACGCUGCCCAACGCAAGUCAGAUAUCCGGAGGAAAAUACGUGAUCCCGCAUUUCGAUUCUAAGAAUAAGAUUGAUGCGUUUAUUAAGGAUAUUCCGGCGCUGUACGAAAAGACGACGUUCUUGUGGUUAACAUGGUUUGCGAGUAAUGUUCAAUUUCCGGUCUUUAGACCGGCGCUUCAUAAACCCUCCGGAAAACACGUCCUUCUUCAACCGGUCCCCCAAAACACACCCAUCCUGUCAAUCGGCGACCAAGUCUCUAACGUUGGCCACUUCGCACUAUCCAUCGUCAAACAGCCCGACCUAACCCUCCCGGCAAAAUUCGUCCUUGCCUCCACAGACUCGACUACUACAGGGGACUUGCUGAAGACGUGGGGAAAGGUAACAGGCAAGGAGACGGAAUAUCUAGAGAUCAGUUUGGAGCAGUAUGAACGUUUCUUCCCGAGAUGGGGGACUGAGUUGGGUAUGAUGAUGCAGUACUGGGCGGAGGUUGGGGAUAAGAGCUGGAGUGGAGAGGCGGUGCUUACGAGGCAGACUCUAGGGAUUGAUGCAGCAUUUGUGGGGACGGAGAAAGCUUUGGGGGCGGUUAAUUGGAAUGAGGAUUGA